AUGUCCGGUGCGACACCGAGUUCGGUUGGCCCACGUCAUGAGCGACCGUCGUCGAGACGCGACUCGAUUGUCGGCCAAGCGCGUUCAUCAUUGCCAGGUGGAAGCGGCGAAGGCCCUUCAAGAGCGUUGCAGGUAUCGGAAGCAUCGGGCCAGCAGAGGGAAAGUUUGCAGGGGAGCCCGCGUAGGAAACGGCAGAGGAUAGAUGCCGAUCGCUUUAUUCCAGCUCGGUCCGGCCGCGAUUUGCAGUCUGGGUUUCAGUUGAUACCACCCCCACCGCGGCCUGCUCCGGAGAGAGGAAGACCAAGGAGUCCCCCAAGGGGAUAUCGCUCGCAGCGGAGUGAGGAAGCCGAUCAGACUUUUAGGGAUUUGCUGCGUGCAGAGCUCUUCGAGGAUACUAUUCCCCAGACUUCGCCAAGGUGGACUCCAGAGCACGACCGGAUGCGCACGCCUCCCAGGGUUACAGAACCAUCACUGCCGACGACAUUGACACCUUCAACCCCUCAGAAGAACCUGUUCUCAUAUGUGUCUCCGCGCCAUCAGCAUCUCGUUGGCCUUUCCACGCCCAGGAAGACGCCUCAGAGAGCACAUAGCUUAGUUCCGGAUCCGCGCCUAGACACGUACAGCACAACUCCUAUCACUUACAACAGUCAACAGAUGCUCCUCGCACCGCGGCGACAGCACAGAACAGUCAGCAAAGUGCCCUUCAAAGUCCUGGAUGCGCCGAAUCUUGCCGAGGACUUCUAUCUCAACCUGAUGGAUUGGGGCAGCUCGGAUGUUCUAGCCGUCGGCCUUGGUACCGGCGUCUUCAUGUAUAACGCACAGAAUGGCAAGGUUGCCAAGCUGUGCACACUCGAGGACGACAAAGUCACCAGCGUGUCCUGGAUCCAGAAGGGGACACACAUCGCCGUGGGCACCAAGAGGGGCUUGGUUCAAAUAUGGGAUGCUCAAAAGUUUAAGCGGCUGCGGACCAUGACGGGCCACACUGCGCGCGUCGGCUCGCUAGCCUGGAACGCCCACAUUCUCUCCACAGGCUCACGGGAUCGGUCAAUAUUGCAUCGCGACGUCAGGGCUCCAGACCAGUGGGUGAAGCAGCUGCUUGGGCAUAAGCAGGAAGUGUGCGGGUUGAAAUGGAACUGCCAGGACGGGCAGUUGGCCAGCGGUUCAAAUGACAACACAGUCCUGGUCUGGGACAAGGUUCAAGACCAUAAGCCGCUCUGGGCCUUCACAGAGCACAUCGCCGCGGUCAAGGCACUCGCCUGGUCGCCUCAUCAGCGUGGAUUGCUGGCCUCCGGUGGCGGUACGGCCGACCGCCGGAUCAUCUUCCACGAUACUGUUCGCGGUGUUGUCCGCAACGAGAUCGACACGGGAAGCCAGGUGUGCAACCUCAUGUGGUCGAAGAACUCGAACGAGCUCAUUUCGACCCACGGAUACAUUCAAAAUAACCUUGUGAUCUGGAAGUACCCAUCCAUGACGCGCGUUGCCAGCCUUACGGGUCAUACUUAUCGGGUGCUCUAUCUGGCAAUGAGCCCGGAUGGGACACAGGUCGUUACAGGGGCCGGGGACGAGACGUUGAGAUUCUGGGAGGUUUUCAAGCCGAAGCAACCAAUAAGGCUGCUAGGGGGAAGCAUCGAUCUCCCGGUCAUUCGCUGA